AUGACCGAGAUCCGCAAACAUGAUUCUCUUCCCCCUUACCGCUCGCUCGUGAACCCGAGUCUUACGUAUGACUACCAAACACACCGUGUGAUUCAUCUUUCGCCGCUGGAAAUCAAGGAUAUCGUUGCGCGUUUCCAGUCGACCCAGCUGCAGAAGCCGAAGACGGCCCUUCAAAUGAAGUACCGCAGUUUGCUUUCGGACGUGUCUAUGAAAGCGCUGAGAAUCACGCGGAAAGUGCUGAGCCUAAAAAAUGGGCAUCUACAUAUGGGCGCCCCUCCGGGCCGCGCUUCGGGCCGCACAAAUCUAACUUUCCAGCUGCUUCCGCCAGAAAUCCUCGUCACCAUCUUCACCUACGUCGAUGACCGCGACUCGUACCGCAACUGCUUGUAUACGAGCAAGAGCUUCUAUCAGCUAGCAAAGCCAUUUGUGUAUCGCCACGUGUGUUUCACAUCCACCUAUCGAUACGCUCAAUUCAUAACUUGUCUCCGACUUAAUAGUGCUCUUGGCUCGUUUGUCUUGGACGUUGACUUGUCCCAACUCCGCGCCGGAAACGCGGACAACUCUGAAGAUAUCAACGCAUAUUUAUCGCAAGUCUUGGCCGGAUGGAGAGACUGGAAGUUCAAAACCAACCUCUAUGCUCUCCACCACGUGGCUGUUCCCAUGUCGAAGUCUUGCACCAAUCUCGUAUCCGCGGCGCGAUCCCAAAAUGGAACAAAACACACGAAGCUCUCCCGGUAUUUCAAAAGAAGAAAAUCCCAGUCGAACGUGAAUGUCCCGGAUGUGUCUACAUUAAAGCUCAACACCACAUCGAGGCAAACGACACCAGGCGCCGCAAGACCACACCCGACGAUGAACAGGUUUCUACUCAACCAUGCAUCGUCCAAAGACCUCCCUGUUGGGUACAUUCUUCACUUAAUCAACUUAUGUCCCAACUUGGCAUCUUUGAAUUUGGCCAGCCUUUCUUUAUCGACAGAUUAUAGAGUGAAGAGGGCAUUCCAGUCGCGCUAUCAAAGUUAUGACCUUAUGAAUAACUACAGUAAGGACAUGCUCAAGAUUGUGGAGUCUUUGGGUCCUUCAACGCUGUCUACGGACCAUCCCGCUCAUCAAUCCAUCUUGAAGUCUUCUUUGGCCGGGAUCACCUCAUCUGCAUCUUCCAUCUUUUCUUUUGGAACAUUUAACACGCCUGUUCCAAAAUACAACAGUUUGCUUCCACCCGUCAACUUGGUUGCGCCAGAUAUUCAGUACGGCAACAAGGGCGAUGGCCGCGUGUUCUUGAGUGAUUUGAGCUUGAAAUCAAUCAAUACAUCCCACUUGGAGAUGAUUCAGCAAAAAGAGGUUUUCCAGUGCUUGCAAAAGCGUCAGCCAACUUUGCACUAUCUCAACAUGUCCUCCAUGAUAUGGGUCAACCUCAAGCUCAUUCAGGAGUAUUUGACUACCGUAUUUGGCUCUGACCUUCGAGAAGUGAACAUAGAUGGCAAAAAAAUCACGCUUUUUCGAGGCAAGAAGUACGAGGUCGGUGAAGUUAUUGUGGAUGGUGACGCGCGUGACGGGGAGUCGAAAAGCUUUCGGAACAAAAUCAUCGACAUCAGGAACUCAGGGAUGAACAAGAACUUGCCUUGGGCCCAAAUCAUCAACACGGGUACCCGGGUUGGCGAGAGGCUUGUCUACCGUAUUCUCAACAAUGAGCUCGUUAGCGUCGAUGAAGAAAACUCCGCUCGAGAAAGGAACAGAAGAGGAAGGGUGGGAGAAAACUAUUUAUUGUAG